AUCGGGACUAUAAACUUAAAAUGGAUACGUAUGUCAGCGACAAGUGGACUCCCGAUCCAGCGACAAAUGGACUCCUAAUUUAGGUACACAUUAAUUUUCGGAAUUACUUCACCUCAAGCGGAAGAUCUUACAUCAACAGCCAUACUUGACUCGAGUAACUAAUGUAUACAUGGAAAAAAAGAUAAUGUACAAGAUCUUACCUGUGCGAUGGAUGAACAGCCAAUAACCCAGGAUAUGUCAUUCAUUCAAUGUGAAUUUGCAGGAAAAGCAGAAGAUCUUACAUCUGCUAUUGAUGAACAGCCAGCAGCCCAAGUUUUCUCAAUUAGUCCAAUCAGCAACACUUACCUUUACUAUCGAUCAAGUAAAGGAAAAUUCCACACCAAUUCUCGCUUCCGGAUAGCUUCUGAGUGGCUAGCUGACUUAACCCCUCCUCAAUACCCUACACGUCAAUAUCCAGUCAGCUCAGUGGUGAUAACAAGUUUUGACGUAAAGUUGGGAAUUGAGUGGGAAUUCUCCAUUCCGAAUUUGACCCUGGAUGGAAUAGUAGAAGCUGUUGCUAUCAGCGGAGUUGAUGUGAUGUGUCCAUUUGAAGUCGGAGUUGACGUCAUUUUUUUACAAUGA